GAGUGAAGAAGAACUUUUAGUUGUUUGCAGUUUAUCCUGUAAACAUCCCCCAUUUCCUCCUCUCUGGCAAGAACAGUUGAUUUGAUAGAAACGUUAUCUAGAGAGAGAGAGAUUAGUUGGAGGUUGUUGGAGCUAAUCGAUUAAUCAGAUCGUAACAUACCACGUGUUUAGUGUUUAGUGUGUUUCCAGUUCAAUAUGUUUGAUACUAAUUUAGCUUGUUUCUUGUUAAAGCUGCUAUUUAAGUGAUUAUUUUCUCGUGAUUUCACUUCCAGACUAACAUAUCAGCUGAGUUUGUGUUGUAACGAGCCUCGUUGCGCGCUAACAGUCAUCGAUUGCUUGCACGUGUUCGAUCAAUAGUGUCAGUUGGAGUCAGUUGGUAACUUUGGUAACUUUGGUAACUAGGUAACUUAACGCACGAGUUGAUCACCCCGGCGACGAGACGUUCCACCGGUUAACGGACAGCCACCACCAGCAGCUCCAGGAGGAGGAUGGAGUUUGAGGAGAACGGUAUCGGAGAAGAGUGCGGGGUGUUCGGCUGCGUGGCCGCCGGAGAGUGGCCCACACAGCUGGAGGUCGCUCAGGUCUUAACUCUGGGACUGGUGGCUUUACAGCACAGGGGUCAGGAAAGUGCCGGGAUUGUCACCAGUAAUGGAGCCAGUCCGCCUACAUACACAGCCCACAAGGGAAUGGGAUUAGUGAGCACUGCGUUCGCACCCGAGGCUCUUCUGAAGCUGCGCUAUGGUAACCUCGGUAUUUGUCACACGCGCUAUUCAACGACCGGCAACUCAGAGCUGCAGAACUGCCAACCUUUUGUGGUGGAUACGCUGCACGGCCAGAUCGCUGUGGCACACAACGGAGAGCUGGUGAAUGCUCACGCCCUGAGGAAGAAGGUGAUGCGCCAUGGUGUGGGCCUCUCCACCAGCUCAGACAGCGAGCUCAUCACCCAGCUGCUGGCAUUCACUCCACCUAUGGAGGAGCGGGACGCACCGGACUGGGUUGCCAGAAUAAAAAAUCUGAUGACUGAGACCCCGACGUCGUACUCACUGUUGGUGUUGUUCAAAGAUGUUAUCUACGCGGUGCGUGACCCUUACGGAAACCGUCCCCUCUGCAUCGGACGGAUUGUUCCCGUCUCCAAAAUGCACAGUUCAGGUGCCGGAGAGGAGGACACGGAGGGAUGGGUUGUGUCAUCAGAGUCCUGCAGCUUUCAAUCCAUCGGUGCCAAGUAUUACAGAGAGGUCUUACCAGGAGAGUUAGUCCAGAUAUCAAGACACGGAGUGAAGUCUCUGAGUGUUUUCCCUCGCCCUGAGGGAGACCUCCCCGCCUUCUGCAUAUUUGAAUACGUCUACUUUGCCAGACCGGACUCUAUUUUUGAAGGGCAGAUGGUCUACACCGUGAGGCAGCGCUGUGGUCGGCAGUUAGCCAUCGAGGCUCCGACAGACGCAGACGUGGUCAGCACUGUGCCAGAGUCUGCAACUCCUGCUGCACUGGGCUACGCUCAGCAGUCCGGGCUGCCGUAUAUCGAGGUUCUGUGUAAGAACCGCUACGUUGGGAGAACAUUUAUUCAGCCAAAUACCCGCUUGAGGCAGCUCGGAGUCGCCAAGAAGUUUGGGGCUUUGACGGACAACUUUGCAGGGAAACGAGUGGUGCUGAUCGAUGACUCCAUCGUCAGGGGCAACACCAUCUCCCCCAUUAUUAAACUGCUGAAGGAGGCCGGUGCAACUGAGGUCCACAUCAGGGUUGCCUCUCCACCAAUCAGAUACCCGUGCUACAUGGGCAUCAAUAUUCCAACCAAGGAGGAACUCAUCGCCAACAGGCCAGAGUUUCAGGACAUUGCUGGGUACCUUGGUGCAGCCAGUGUUCAGUAUCUGACCGUGGAGGGCCUGUUGUCCGCCGUUCAGGAGGGCAUCGCCUCCGUCCAGGAGAAGGACGAGAGGAUCGGCUCCAGUAAAAAGUCCAGCAAGAGAGUGGGUCACUGCACCGCCUGUCUGACUGGGAAAUAUCCAGUAGAGCUGGAUUGGUAACGCCAUGACCAACCACAGUGACAGCAGCAGCAGCAGCACUGUCGGUUUACUGCGAGCUCCCACAGCUGAUGCAUGAAAUGUUCUCUGGAGACUGGAAGAGAAGUGGUUGGCCAUUUCAAUACUGGGACACUAAGAGGUGUAUUAAAUACACACAGAAUAUGUUUUCUCUACAGAGGAUCGUCAUCCUGCCGAGAUCAUUUCACUUAAGGGAUGUUUGUCAGUGGUGUUGUAUGAGGUACUACUCCAUAGUCAGUGUAUUACCUACAGUAGAUGGAGUUUAGAGAAGCAGACAGGAGUACCAGUAUCGGAGCAAAGCAAUGUACUGCUGUGGACGGGGGCAGCAGCAAA